AUGGCAUUCACCGGCGUAGGUAUACCUACUAGCUACGAUCGUCAGUCUACCGUCGACGGAACUAGCCUAAGUCGAGUAACCUCUUAUCCACAUUAUACCGAACGUCAUCCAAAUGACGAUUUACCUCCGGUCACAGAGGAACACAGAGUGGAGCAUCUCGGUCAUCUCGCACGGCAAUUAUCUCGUCAAUCUCAACGUAGUCAUCACAGACAUGAACACAGAGUGGAUCACACAAAUGACAUACAAGAGGAUGAUGCUGAAACUUCGGAAAACCCUUUUGAAUAUGAAAAAGAUUCUAACCUGGAUCCAUUUUCAUCCAAUUUUGACGCCAAAAAGUGGACAAGAGGCUUCGUCAGAUCAAUGCAGAAUAGUGGUCCCCAGAGAAAAUCAGGUAUAUCAUUCAGAAAUCUAGCAGUGCAUGGUUACGGUUCAGAUGCAGAUUACCAAAAGACAGUAUCCAAUUUACCUUUAUCGCUUUUCGGCUCCCUGAGAGAUAUGAUCGGUAACAGGAAAAAAAAAGUGCAAAUUUUGAAGAGUAUGGACGGUGUUUUGGAGGCAGGAGAAAUGCUAGUAGUUUUGGGUCCACCAGGAAGUGGUUGCACGACUAUGCUCAAAACUGUUGCUGGAGAGAUGAAUGGUGUUUAUCUUGAUGACCAAUCCCACGUCAAUUACCGAGGUAUCACUCCCAAACAAAUGCACAAACAAUUCAGAGGAGAAGCCAUUUAUACUGCUGAAGUCGAUGUCCAUUUCCCAAAACUAACCGUCGGAGAUACCCUGGCUUUCGCCGCCGAAGCUCGUCGCCCUCGUGAGCUUCCCAAUAGUCUUUCUCCCAAAGAUUACGCCACCAACAUGAGAGACGUCAUUAUGUCUAUCUUUGGGAUUUCUCAUACCGUCAAUUCUAUUGUCGGUAACGAUUUCGUUCGGGGUGUUUCCGGUGGAGAGCGAAAACGUGUGACUAUCGCGGAAGCUGCUCUUGCAGGUGCACCGCUCCAGUGCUGGGACAAUUCUACCAGAGGACUUGACUCAGCUAAUGCUGUAGAGUUCUGUAAAUCUCUCCGUACCAACGCAGACUACCUCGAUAUAUCCUCUGUGGUAGCGAUCUAUCAAGCCCCUCAAUCAGCUUACGAUAUAUUCGACAAGGUCUCCGUUCUUUACGAAGGUGAACAGAUCUUUUUUGGAAAAACUACAGAAGCGAAACAAUUUUUCACGAAUAUGGGAUUCAAUUGUCCUGAACAACAAACCACCCCAGAUUUCUUGACUUCGCUUACGAGUCCUAGUGAAAGAACAGCUAAACCCGGCUUCGAAGGAAAAGUACCUACAUCUCCAGAGGAAUUUGCAGCUGCUUGGAAAGCUUCACCUGAAUAUCAAGCUUUGCUAAGUGAAAUUGAUGAUUUCGAAGAAAGACAUCCCGUCCACGGGGAACGAUAUGAAGCAUUUUUGCAAUCCAGGAGAGCUCAACAAUCCAAACAUCUUCGACCUAAAUCUCCAUACACGCUUUCCUAUGGUGGUCAAGUGAGACUAUGUCUGCAAAGAGGGUUUCAACGGCUCAGGGCAGAUCCAUCUUUGACUUUCACGCAGUUAUUCGGUAAUUUUGCCAUGGGUUUGAUCAUUUCCUCGAUCUUCUACAAUCUUCCGAGGGACACCUCGUCUUUCUAUAGUCGUGGUGCUCUUCUGUUCUUCGCCAUUCUCAUGGCGGCUUUCAGUUCUGCCUUGGAGAUUCUAACUCUAUAUGCUCAACGAGACAUUGUCGAAAAACAUUCUCAAUAUGCUUUCUAUCAUCCAUCGGCCGAGGCCGUAGCUUCAUCGCUUACCGAUAUGCCAUACAAGAUUACCAAUGCUAUAUUCUUUAAUCUGACCCUCUAUUUCAUGACUAAUCUUCGACGAGAACCAGGUCCCUUCUUCUUCUUUUUGCUGAUCAGUUUCACAUGUACAAUGGUCAUGUCAAUGAUUUUCCGAUCGAUUGCAUCAUUAUCACGAACACUUUCACAGGCUUUGGCACCUGCUGCUAUCUUGAUUUUGGGCUUGGUCAUCUAUACAGGAUUCGCCAUCAACGUGAACUACAUGCACGGAUGGGCCAGAUGGAUGAAUUAUAUCGACCCGAUCGCUUAUGGAUUUGAAGCUUUGAUGAUCAACGAAUUCCAUGGAAGAGAUUACGCUUGUACGGCAAUUGUACCAUCUGGUGCAGGAUAUGAGGGUGUAAGGGGGACAGAAAGGGUCUGCUCAACAGUCGGUUCAGUCCCAGGUUCUCUGUUCGUAAAUGGAGAUGAUUAUAUCAACUUUGCUUACAUGUAUUAUCACUCUCACAAAUGGAGGAAUUUUGGAAUCUUGAUCGCCUUCUUCAUCUUCUUCACAGUCGUUUACUUAUCCGCUACAGAACUUAUCACUGCUCAAAAGUCAAAAGGUGAAAUCCUGAUCUUUCCCCGAAGCAGAAUACCAAAGGCUCUCAAGCAGAGCGAUGAUGAAGAAUCUCAGGGCAACGGCAAAGAUGGAAAAUUGGCCAAACAGAUUACCGGUGCCGGUCGAGCUGAUGCUGGUAUUAUCCAACGACAAACUGCAGUAUUUUCCUGGAAAGACGUAGUCUACGACAUCAAGAUCAAAGGAGAAACCAGAAGAAUUCUAGAUCAUGUCGACGGCUGGGUAAAACCAGGUACUUUGACAGCUUUGAUGGGAGUUUCUGGUGCAGGUAAGACCACUUUGCUAGAUGUCCUAGCAACUCGAGUCACUAUGGGUGUCGUCACUGGUGAAAUGCUUGUCGAUGGUCAACAAAGAGAUGUUAGUUUUCAAAGGAAGACUGGUUAUGUUCAGCAGCAGGAUUUACACCUUGAAACUACUACCGUCCGAGAAGCUUUGACUUUCAGUGCUUUACUUCGUCAACCCAAACAUACCUCGAAAGAAGAGAAGCUCGAAUAUGUGGAGGAAGUUCUCAAGCUUCUGGAGAUGGACACUUACGCAAACGCGGUAGUAGGUGUCCCUGGAACCGGUCUGAAUGUUGAACAGCGAAAACGUCUCACUAUUGGUGUUGAACUAGUGGCUAAACCUGCACUUCUUCUUUUCCUCGACGAGCCCACAUCCGGUCUUGAUUCCCAAACAUCAUGGAAUAUCCUUCAACUCUUGAAAAAAUUGCAGGAACAUGGACAGGCUAUCUUGUGCACGAUCCACCAACCUUCUGCUAUAUUGUUCGAACAGUUCGAUCGACUCUUGUUUUUGGCCAAAGGCGGUAAAACAGUAUACUACGGGGAAGUUGGAGCAAAAUCACAUAUCCUUGUUGACUAUUUCGUUCGUAACGGAGCGCCACCUUGUCCACCAGGAGAGAACCCAGCAGAGUGGAUGUUGCAGGCUGUAGGUGCUGCCCCAGGAAGUAAAACGAAUGUCGAUUGGCAUCAUGCUUGGCUCAAUAGCCCCGAGCGCGUCGAAGUCAAAAGAGAGCUUGAGCGUAUAAAAGAAGACAGAGGUCAAUCGAAACAAUGCACAGAUGGCCAAGAGAAUCCAAGCGACAACAACAAAAACGAUAAGGCUGCUUAUGCCGAGUUUGCUGCUCCUCUCACGACACAGUUCAGAUUGGUUAUCACCAGAGUCUUACAACAACAUUGGAGAACUCCUUCUUACAUCUGGUCUAAGGCUUCUCUCUGUAUAUUCUCUACUCUUUUCAUUGGCUUCUCUUUUUAUCGCGCGGGCACCUCACAACAAGGUCUACAAAAUCAAUUGUUUUCAGUCUUUAUGCUGUUCACUAUCUUCGGUCAACUCGUACAACAAAUUACACCUUACUUUGUUACUCAACGGAGUUUAUACGAGGUCCGAGAGCGGCCUUCCAAAGUCUAUUCAUGGAAAGUGUUCAUCUUAUCUCAAAUAACAGCGGAACUUCCUUGGGCAUUCUUGAUGGGAAUAGUGAUGUUCUUCUGCUGGUAUUAUCCCAUUGGUUAUUACAGAAAUGCCAUUCCUACCGGUGCCGUUCAUAUUCGAGGUGUUCUCAUGUGGCUUUACGUCGAGGCUUUUAUGUUGUUCACUUCUACAUUCGCCGUAAUGAUAGUCGCCGGUAUCGACACUGCUGAAACCGCCGGAAAUCUUGCCAAUUUGAUGUUCUCUUUAUGUCUUGUAUUCUGCGGUGUAUUGGUUCCUGGAAGUUCGCUUCCUGGAUUUUGGAUAUUCAUGUACAGGGUGUCACCAUUCUCUUAUCUUGUGGAUGGAAUGCUUAGUGUAGCGGUAGCAAAUAACAACGUCGUUUGCGCUGCGAACGAAUACCUGAAACUCAAUCCUCCUUCAGGUCAAACAUGUGGACAGUACCUUGGGAAUUAUAUAACUGCCGCCGGCGGUUAUCUAUUGGAUACCAAUGCUACUGAUCAAUGUUCACUUUGUACGAUCCAAACUACCAAUACAUUCUUGGCACAAUUUGGACUUUCUUACAGUCAUCGAUGGAGAAAUUUCGGCCUUAUGUUCGCCUACAUCAUUUUCAAUAUCGUGGCGGCCGUCCUCAUCUAUUGGUUGGCGAGAGUACCAAAGAAUUCGGGACAAGAAAAGGCUUCAGAGCCCGAGCAACUUGAUUCUCCCCCACAUACCGAAAAGAGGACUGCAGACUCCGAGCGCACUGCUUCGUCUCCGUAG